CCGCUGGAAAUAAGGAAUGGAUUUACAACCACUAUUAACGUAUUCAUAACAGAUUCCAGCAAUGAACAAUGACCAUAGUUGACAGAUCUUCAGAAAAGUCUGACCACGAGUCAGUCGGGUGUAAGCGUUCUCCCUUCACCAGUGGAGACGUUGGGAUGGACGGUGGCUGUUCCAGCAGCUGGGCAAUGGGUCCUACCAUGUCCAGCGACUCUCCAAGGCUGAAGGCUGCAGGAGGCUGCCUGGGCCCAACGCCUGGAGCUGCAGUCUACAACAGCACACCCUCCUCUGUGGAACGGCCCAAGGAGCAAGUGAUGAGCAGUGGUGAUGGCAUCGACUCGCCCCAGAAGGUCCUCUUUCCUCCAGAGCGGCUCAACCUAAAGUGGACACAGGUUCACCGCAUUGGUGCGGGCCUGCAGAACAUGGGGAACACCUGCUUUCUCAACUCAGCCCUGCAGUGUCUCACCUACACCCCUCCCUUUACCAACUUUCUGCUGACACGAGAGCACACCAAGACGUGUCACGAGCCUGGGUUCUGUAUGAUGUGCACCAUGCAAAACCACAUCAUUCAGGUUUUUGCAAACUCUGGGAAUGUCAUUAAGCCCAUUGGUGUGCUCAAUGAGCUUAAAAGGAUUGCUAAGCACUUCCGCUAUGGAAGCCAGGAGGAUGCCCAUGAGUUCCUGCGGUACACAGUGGAUGCUAUGCAAAAGUCCUGCUUACCUGGAACCAAAUUGGACAGGCAAACGCAGGCAACCACUUUCAUCCAUCAAGUAUUUGGCGGGUAUCUAAGGUCCAGAGUUAAAUGUUUAAACUGCAAAGCAGUCUCUGAUACAUUUGACCCUUUUCUAGAUAUAACGCUGGAAAUUAAGACAGCUCCCAGUGUCUCCAAGGCUCUGGAGCAGUUUGUCAAGCCAGAACAGCUGGAUGGAGAAAACGCCUACAAAUGCACCAAGUGCAAAAAAAUGGUCACAGCCUCAAAGAGAUUUACCAUCCACCGCAAUUCAAAUGUGCUCACCCUCUCACUCAAACGCUUUGCAAACUUCAGUGGAGGCAAAAUCACAAAGGAUGUGAAAUAUCCAGAGUACCUGGACCUGCGGCCCUUCAUGUCUCAGUCUCAAGGGGAGCCCCAGGUCUACGGGCUGUAUGCUGUGCUGGUCCACUCUGGAUUCAGCUGCCAUGCUGGACACUACUUCUGCUAUAUUAAGGCAAGCAAUGGUCAGUGGUAUCAGAUGAACGACUCCUCUGUGUCUGUCAGUGACAUCAGGUCUGUUCUAAACCAGCAGGCCUAUGUCCUUUUCUACAUCAAGUCCGGUGAUGGGAAGAAAACAGGGGACUACAGCCACAUGAGCCAUAACCCAGGCACCCCUGGUCAGUCAUCUCCACGACCGGUGGUGAUUCCACGCAUCAACACCACCGUCCACCACAACAAUGUUGGCUUCAUAGGUCCACAGCUGCCACCACACCUGACCAAGCGCACUCUCCACGUUAAUGGGAAUGGAUCUCUGAGGGACUAUCCCACCAGCUCCAAGCCCAGCACCAGCAGCAGCGUUGUGGGAAAACCGAGCCAUGGACUGGCCUCUUCCUCUUCUUCCAUCUCCCACUCAAUCAGCCGGCCCACUAUGAUCCCAGACCACGACAAGCGCCAGAAGCUUUCCUUCUUCAUUGGUCAAGGCAAACAGAACCGCCCGUCCUCAUCCUCCUCGUCCUCUUACAGCCAGCCGUCCUCUGCCAGCAGCAGCAGCAGCAGCAGCAGCUGCUCCUCCUCCAGCUCUUUAUCCUCCUCACAGUCUACCUCAGACGUUCGCUUUGUUCCACGUCAGCUUAACCACGGUAACGGCAUGUCACGCAGUAAUGGGGAUCACCACACAGGAGUGAAUGGAGCGUCAUUCCUGGUGCCGUACGGCCAAGAGUCUUCAGAGGAAUCAGACCAGGAGAACUGUGGCACUUCGGAUAAGGGCUGUUUGGCCAAGUCUCACCUUAAUGGAAACAAGAGAACGGGAGACGUCUUUGAUCAUUCUACUCAAGCCACCAACGGACAGUCAGGAGCACACCACAACGGUAACGGAUUAAAUGGACCAACCAAUGGUGUCUCGAAAUCCAGUCAAAAUGGGCACCAUUAUGAACACCACAAAGUGAACGGACACAACACCCCUGAAAAAGUCUCCGGCAGUAAUCAAGGAAGUUCAUCCUCUGUGACUACUGUUGCUGCUAAUGGAUUUAACAGUGACCAUAGUCAAACAAGCAAAGAGGCAGAUAAUUCUGCCUCAUCCCAGGCCAGUUCUUCUCAGAGCAUCCAUCCUGCUGCCAGUGAAGACCGGCUCCUCUCCACUCCUGACACAAGGGCUAAGAAUGUGUCUGAUCCCCUGCCUCAGCAUACAGCAUCCUCCGCUGUCAGCUCUCCACCCUCAGCUACUGUAACAAAGACCCAUAUUGUCUCAUCUAAAGAAUCUGCUUCCUCCUCUGCUCAGCUUUGCAACCCUACGGCCUUAUCUAUCCCGCCAGACUGCACCAAUGGGGCCUCUGCAGCUCCACAGAAAGUUAGCAGAGGUGGGGAUGAAGCAAGAGAUCUACCACAGACCAGUGAUCCGUCAGCAGGAACUGAAGGACGCGCAGAUUCUAAGGAGCAACACCAGUCCAAGCCCAGUUCCAGAGGCAAUGAAAUACAAACUUACCGAGACAGGGAGAGAGACAGACUGUGCUCUGACUGGGGCAGAGAUAGAGAGAGACACUACAGGGACAGGAGUCACGAGCGAGAAAGUGGCGGUGAUCGGCAUCGUUACAAACGGGACUCCAGAGACAUACAACACCAUGAGCGCCCGUACAAGGACCGUUUGCCUCCUCACAAUCGCUCCUACAGGGACGUGGAGUCCGAGCGUCGCUGGGAGCGGAGCCUCCCCCACCCUAGGGAGCGUGAUCGUGACAGGUGCUCUAACCAUUACCACUACUAUCACAACCGUCGCUACAGAGAUGACUGGGAACGUGGUCGGAGGGCACACGGUUACCCCUACAGCGAGAAGUCUCAUAGUCGAGGGAGGUGGCAGCCAGACAGUCGAGAAUCGCGGGUGAUUAAGGACAAGAGCAAUGGCAGGGAGAGGGACUAUUAUCCGUCAAAAGAAGAGAACUCCUCUUCUGCCACAGAGCCAGAAACCUCCACAAAGUCCAAGGGCUCGCCCCCUCAGUCUCAUCUCUCCACGCAUGAAUCAGCUCUAAACAGGGAGGAUCAGAAUCAAAAAGGACUGACGGCUGAUCCUCUGAACAAGGAGAGGGAUGACAGCUCUGAGGCCCACCGCUCCAGAAAACACAAAAAGAGCAAGAAAAAGAAGAAGUCAAAGGAUAAAGACAGGCACCGUGAGAGCGGAAGCUCCGAAGUGGAUUCAGACAGAGCCACUGAAACAAAAAAGAAGAAGAAGAAAAAGAGGAGGCAGCGGGACAGCGAUGCCGAGCAGCACAGCCCAGGAGCAGUGAGGAGCCACAAGAGCAGGAGCAGUGAGGAGAGGGAGAGCCGCAAGCGACGAUAUGAUGACAUCAAGGACGCUAAGCAUGACAAUAUUUUUUUGCCGGAAAAACGCAGGUGCACAGACUACGCCGACGGCAGCAGUGAUCAUCUACUCUCCUCCAACCACACACCCACCACAAACGGUUCCACUCACCCCCAUCUCAACGGAUACAAAGGAAAUGGUUACAGCCAGACCAAUGGUGACUCCCACGGAUUCUCCAGUGGCUUGAAACACUGACUCUACACAUCAACACCAUUUUAACAACAGCAGAGGAAUGACAUCAACAACUUUUUUUUUUUGAGUGGUGCUUCUUCGUUGGGGGCAUAU